AUGCCAGAAAUAUGAAAGAAGACUGUCCAUAUCAAGGACCCAGGAAGAGUAGAAGAGAUUAUCUGUGGCCUUAUCAAAGGUGGAGCUGCCAAACUUCAGAUUAUUACAGAUUUUGAUAUGACAUUAAGUAGAUUUUCCUUCAAUGGAAAAAGAUGUCCAACUUGCCAUAACAUCAUUGAUAACUCCAAACUCAUCACAGAGGAAUGUCGGAAAAAGUUACUACAGCUGAAAGAAACGUACUAUGCUAUUGAAAUUGAUCCUGCUCUUACUAUUGAGGAAAAAUAUCCGUUUAUGGUGGAAUGGUACAAUAAAUCCCACGCACUACUCGUUGAACAAGGCUUACAGAAGGAUAAAUUCGCAGAAAUUGUGAGGGAAUCGGAUGUUAUGCUCAAAGAAGGAUACGAGAACUUCUUUGAUAAGCUCAAUGAGCACAAUAUCCCUGUGUUCAUCUUCUCUGCUGGGAUUGGAGACAUCCUCGAGGAAGUUAUCCAUCAGGCUGGGGUCUACCAUUCUAAUGUCAAAGUUGUUUCCAAUUUCAUGGAUUUUGAUGAAAAUGGAAUAUUAAAAGGAUUUAAAGGAGAAUUGAUUCAUGUUUACAACAAACAUGAUGGUGCCUUGAAGAACACAGAGUACUUCAAGCAGCUGAAAGACAACAGUAACAUCAUCCUGCUGGGGGAUUCCCAGGGGGACUUGAGCAUGGCAGAUGGAGUAGCAAACGUCGAACACAUUCUUAAGAUUGGCUAUCUCAACGAUAAAGUAGAGGAGCUUUUGGAAAAAUAUAUGGACUCUUAUGAUAUUGUCUUGGUGAAAGAUGAAUCUUUGGAAGUGGCCAACUCCAUCCUACAGAAAAUCCUGUAAAGUGCAGUCUCGAGUCACUCCAUUCCUUCCAAGAGGCAACUGGACAGAAGAGCACACUUGUGCCAUCGUAGUUGUGUUUAUUACUCAUUUACAGAACUGUUUUAUUUAAUUUAAAAACUUUUACCAUCAUUUUGGGUAUUUUGAAGUAUACACGCUACCAGUUGUCAACUAGAAGCUCCUUUUAUUGUCGUUACGCUGUUCUUUUGUCUCACACUCCUAUUGUAAUAGCUAGAUUUAAAUUGGAUUUAUAGAUGUGAUAAACUCUGCUGCUGAUGGAGCACUACGGUUCACUUUCAUUUAAAUCAAGCCUU